AGCGGAGCCGGGCGCGGGGCGAGCGCAGCCCAGAGGAGCCGAGCGGAGCCGGCGGGCAGGAGGGUCCAGGCAGUGAGGCAGUCUCAAGUUGAAUCCCUUUUGGCCAAUCCUUUUGAAUCACGGUGAAGCUUUCUGGGCUACCUGGAGCUGAAACAACCUGUGAGCUGCAGCAGCCUGUGAUCCUGGGCUGAGAGAUGCAUCCCAAACAUCUCAGGAGGAAGCCUCGCUCUGCGCUGGGAUUUAUGGAGGUGCUGAGGAGCAGCUGUGAGCCCCGCAGCCCCCGGCAGCCCGGCCUGUGAAGCAGCCCCCGGCCGCCUCUCCUCGUCCUGCCCAGCACCCCGACCCUCCGACCCAACCAUUCAAGGCUCCCGUGCAUGGAUCGCCCCAGCGAGGCACCGCUGCCGGACGCCGCCGACGCCGCCCCGUAGGCUCCCGGCCCCCCGUGCCGCCCCCAAGUACUCCACAUACCCCGAUGGGGUAACGUGACGGGGGCCACCCUCCCGCCACCACCACCCCCCAUAUGCAGAGGCCUUUCUAGAGCGCCCGGGAGCGCGCGGCACCGGAGGCAGCGGCCGCUCGUCGUCGCACACACGCAGAGGACGCCAACACUACAGCAAAGGGAUUUUUUUUUUAAUUAUUAUUAUUAUUAUUAUUAUUUCAUUAAUAUUAUUUUUUUUCCCCCAUCUGGCUUUUUUUUUUUCCCCCUGGGAGGCUUGUGGUGUGUCAAGGAAGCCGGUGCGCUCCCAGGAGUUGGGAUUAUUUGCACAACGUCUGUAUAUUGAGUUUUCAGUCCUGUUUUAUUUUUAUUUUUGAAGCGUAGAGGGGUUGUUGGGUUUUUGUUUUUGUUUUUGUUUUUUUUUUUGCCCCUCCACACCACUCUUUUCUUGGGUUUUUAACCCUGCCACUGUCAGCACCACCUCACCUUCCCACUGUCCCCACCAUGGCCCGGAUGAACCGCCCUGCACCCGUGGAGGUCUGCUACAAAAACAUGAGGUUCCUCAUCACCCACAAUCCCACCAAUGCCACGCUCAACACCUUUUUGGAGGACCUGAAGAAGUACGGUGCCACCACGGUCGUGCGAGUGUGUGAAGUGACCUAUGACAAGACCCCCCUGGAGAAGGACGGCAUCACUGUCAUGGAUUGGCCAUUUGAUGAUGGAGCACCUCCUCCCAGCAAGAUUGUGGAAGAUUGGCUCAACUUGCUGAAGACCAAGUUCUGUGAGGACCCCGGUUGCUGCGUGGCCGUGCACUGCGUGGCCGGCCUGGGGCGCGCUCCCGUCCUUGUCGCGCUGGCCUUGAUCGAGAGUGGGAUGAAGUAUGAAGAUGCCAUCCAGUUCAUCCGACAGAAGCGCAGAGGAGCCAUCAACAGCAAGCAGCUGACCUACUUGGAAAAAUACCGACCAAAGCAGAGACUCCGAUUUAAGGACCCUCAUAACCACAAGAACAAAUGCUGCAUCAUGUAACCUCAAUGACCUCUUGCCAAAAUCCGUGCACAGACCCCCAGGCACUCGCACACAUCCCACCCCCUCACCUCCUGGCCCAGCCCUGCACUCCCCAUGUGCUGCCCCUCUGCCAGGGCUGGGCUGGGGACGUGGAGCAUCUCCAGUGUGUUCCAGCACUCACAGCACACUCAUCUUGCUGGAUCCCCAGAAAAGGCUGCUCUCUCCAGCUGCAGCCCCAAGGAGGGAAGGCAGCACUGCCCUGAGACUCUUGGUGUUAGCAGGCAAUCAGCUUGUGUGACCAUUCUUCAUCACCAUCCUCCCUCCCCCUUUCCCCUCCCAUUGCACUGAGAGGGGUGGGCAAAGGGUGCUUGGUUUGGGGUGAUGCAGGCAGGGCUCUGCCAGCUGAGAAGGGAUGGGGUGCAGAAGUGCCAGAGCACCCCCGGAAAAACCUUUCCCCACCUCUUCCCCAUAAAUUAAGGGCUGCAGCAGCAGGGAUGGAGGUGGGGAUGGCACAGUGGCCUCGGGGGGGACGGUGGUGAUAGCAGGAAGAGGUGACAGGGGCUCUAAGCUCAGUGACCUUGUGACCAGAGGAGGGGCUGAGCUAAGACCCCCAGCACUAUUCCCUUUCUCCUGGCCCCUCUGUCAGCUCACCACCUCCCCGUUGCCUCAGUGCCAGCCAGGAUGCUGCAGAUGGAGUUCCAGCUCCAGUGAAGGCAGAGCUGUUGAGAGCCUCGGGGACCACAGCAGGGCUUUGAGGCACUCAGCUUUGCUGGGGUGCUGGAUCAGCACUGGGUCCCCCAAAGUGUGGGGUGCUCUUAUUUAUAGCUUCCAAAUUCAGUGCCCAGGGUGGUGGGUUCUCUGCGGUCCUGUCCCCACCCCUGAGCUGUGGCACAAACCCUAAUUCUGGCUGCAGUGCCCUGGGGACACAGUGUGCCUCUCAAGGCACAUCCAUGUCCUCCACUGCAUUUGCUGGCCAAGGGGCUGGGCUGCAGCUCUCCUAGGGGAUUUUGGGUGUUCCUGGCAAGAGCACAUCACCUGAUUUUGCACCUGCCUUUUCCAUGUCUGUACCAAGGCGCCUGGCACCCCCAGCACACACCCAGGUGGGCUGGGCUCAGAGCUGCCCCUGAGCUGGGACAUUAAACAUCUCUCAACUUUCUGCCUUUGAACGCUUGCAACAGCUGGAGCAGUGGCCACGUAGGGGGUAUGGGGGUGAUUUUUUUCUUUUAAUGAGGAUAACAAGAAAUUUGCUAAUUAAAGGAAAAAAAAACUUUAAAAAAAUACCCUGUUUGUCUUCCGCACAUCCUCUGGCCUUUCUUUCUCUUGUCACUGCCCAGUAGAGCCCAGGAGGUGACCCAUGGUCCCCCAGACUGAUCCCCAGCACUGUGUCACAGCUGGCUGCCAUCCACUAUCACCAGAAUAUACAUGUGGCCCAGGGGAUGCUCCAGGGCUCCUUUGGCUCACUGCUACUCACACCUCAGCUGCAGAGGAUCACACUUGUUGGGACAAGGAGGGCUGAUCAUCCACCUCUUGGGGUUUUGGGCUGAGCACCUUGAGAUGCCCUCAGUGUCCUCUUGACCCUGAGCUGGGUCUCUCCAGAGGGUUGUGUGCCUUCCAAAACAUUGCUGUCCAGAGACAUUUGCUUCAGGGCAUUCAUCUCUUGGGACAGGUGCUGAGGAAGGCUGCUUAGACACCUUCAGUUCCUGCAGAAGGCUGGGGCCUGCUUUGUACCACCACAUGGGUGAGCAGCAGAGGUGUUUGGAGCUGUUUCCAGCACUGCUUCACCUGUCCUGAUAGGGGCCAACCCCACUGCAGGGUAGGGAAGGCCAUCCUGUGGGAUAAGCUGUGGUGCUGAGUGAGGUGGGGACCCUCCACAUGUGGCCCUGGAGUUGUCAUACCACACACUUUGGGCCUGUCCAACAUUGUGGGACAGCCCUCAAUCCUUUGAGUUUCUCCUGCUCUAUCCCAGGCUGUUGGUUCCCAUGACUCGUGGAGAAGGCAGCAAUGGUCAAAGGGUCUGUCUGUGUUGAUUUGGAAUAGUGUGGAUUGGACUGAUAAAAAAGCCUGACCCUGUAUUAGAGCACCCUGCUGGGUGGGUCACCAUCCCCUUCUUGCUUGGGUCUGUCCUCCUGCUGCUAAAAUAGGUGCUGCUUCUUCCCCAGGGACAUAGGAGAUGGCUUGGCAUUGUGGUGGUGACAGCCCCAGUCCCUGCUAGCCAGGAAACCUCCCAGUCCCAUGCCCUUCCUUGUGGGAACUGUUGCUUUAUGGGCCUGGAGACGUUUCUGUCCUGCCAGGAUGAGUUUUCCUCACCCAUGCUCAUGGCAGCAUCACCUGGAACGUUGCCCAGGCCAAGAGGUCCUGGGAUUCAGCCACGAUGCCUUUGAGCUGGACUCAGGCUGGGGACAGAGGAAUUUGAAUUCAGCCUCCUUUGGCCACUCUUGAGCAAGACUUCACUUGGACCUCAGCUUGGGGGGCUGGCCUGGGGAAACAUGAGGGGGACAGGCUUUGCUUUAUGUAGCAUCAACCCAAUCACCUUAAAAUUAGGGAGCUCCUGGUAUAAAAGCAGUCCUUGAUCUGGCCAUGUGGCCAAAUCCUGAGGGCAUCUGGCUGGCAGAGUGGCAUCUUGAUCUUCCUCAGUUUAUGAGUUACUGAAAAAAAAAAAAAAC